AUGGAUGAAAGAAAUUUAAAAAAUCAUAAUCAUACUUCGGGACAAGGAUUAGCUGUUGUUAUAGGAUGUUCCUCCUCUGAUGAAGAGGAAGAUAUCCUUAUUAAUGAGGCACCAGGAAAUUACAUUAGAAAUGCUGAAAUAGAUUGUGAUGAUAAUUUUUUAUUUAAUAGAAGGCUAUCAAUAAAUGGUUCAUCAAUACAUCAACAAUUAGAAAGUGGUAUGGAUGAGGAUAAUAUUAUUAUACCAUUACAUCAAGAUUCAUCUAAUCAAUUAUCAUGGAAAGAACAUUUUAUUGAUAUUGAUGGUGGGCAACCUUUUUUAUCAAAUGUUUUUGAAGAUUUAAAUAUACAAAGGAUUGAUGAUGGUUCUUAUAUUAAUGAAAUUAAGGCUCCAAAAAUUGUUGAAGGUUAUCUUUUUGGAUCUAUCCUAGGGCAGGGAAGUUAUGGUAAAGUUAAAGAAGUUGUUCAUGAAAAAGGUCUUCAAAGGAGGGCUGUAAAAAUUAUUAAGGAUCGAACUUUAAGGAGAAUUCCAAAUGGAAGUGAAAAUGUUAAAUCUGAGAUUGAUGUUAUGUUUAAAAUAGGAAGGCAUCCCCAUAAUGUAGAAUUAUUUGAUGUCUUUAGGAAUGAUGAAAAACAAAAAAUGUAUAUUAUUAUGGAGUAUUGUGUUACUUCCCUUCAACAAAUGUUAGAUAGUACACCCACAAAAACAUUUUCUUUAUUUCAGACUCAACAUUAUUUUAAACAAUUGUUGUCAGGUUUGGAAUACCUUCAUUCACUUCAUAUAAUUCAUAAAGAUAUCAAACCCGGUAAUCUUCUUCUUGGGGUAAAUGGAUUUUUGAAGAUAUCUGAUUUUGGUGUUGCUGAAAUGGUCCCCGAAGAGAGGUGGGAUGGUAAUAAUGACUGGUUAAGUGUAGCUCAGGGAACACCUAAAUUCCAGCCACCGGAGGUUGCUUCUGGAGCCUAUAAGACUUUCAAAGGCCGCCCCAUAGAUAUCUGGAGUAGUGGUGGUGAUGUUAUGAUGAAGUUAUAUGAUAAUAUAACUCAUCAAUUAUUAGAGAUGCCUAAAGGGAUGGAUUUAUCAAAAGAUUUAGUAGAAUUAAUAAAAGGAAUUCUUCAAAAAAAUCCCGAUGAAAGAUGGAAUAUUGAUAGGAUUAAAAAUUCUUCAUGGUUUAAUAGAAAUAUUAAUGUUAAUUUGGAUGAGAUUGUUAAUGUUCCACCAUUAUUGUUAAAUUCAAUUGAUAUGGCUUCUGUUCAUAGGCCAUUAUCUAUUUAUGAGGAUAUCCGUCGCCUUAUAAGUAAAGAUAACCAAUUUAAUGAUGGAUCCUCUUUUCAACAUACUCCAGAAAGAAGAUUAUCAAUUGAUGAUUGUGAUAAUAUUCAUUGUAUCGGUGAUAUAAAACAAAAUAUCAAAUCUCCUAUUAAUUAUGAUGAUGUGAUAAUAAUGAAUGAUGUAGUAGAAAACAGUUCUACAAAUCAGGUUAAUAAAGAAAAGCCCAAAGAAAAAGUUUCAAGAGGAUCUUCUAGAGCUUUGGCAUUCCUUGGUCGUUGCUUAAGAAGGCGUUCCUCCAGCUGA